GAAGAUGAGUUACGGAUCAGACCACUACAUGUCUUCAUCCUACAGAAAAUUGUUCGGGGACAACCCUCGUUUUGCCGGCUCUAGAAUGAGCAAUGUCUCUCCCCGGAGCUCCAUGUCCUCCAGCGGCUUCAGGUCUCAGUCUGUCUCCCGCAGCAGCGCCUCUCCUGCGGGCUACUAUAAAAGAUCGGGCCGGUCAUCUUCAUUCUCGCCGGUCCAUUUCGACAGCGUGGAUUUCUCUCAAACCUCUGUUUUGAACAACGAGUUUAAAAUCGUUCGAACCAAUGAAAAGGAACAGCUGCAAGGACUCAAUGACCGGUUCGCGAUGUUUAUCGAGAAAGUGCGCAAUCUGGAGCAGCACAAUAAAGUGCUGGAGACCGAACUGGUGAGUCUGCGCCAGAGGCAGAACGAGCCGUCCAGACUUGCUGAACUCUAUCAGCAGGAGAUCCGGGACCUGCGAGCUCAGGUAGACGAGCUGAACAACGAGAAAUCGCACAUUCUCAUUGAACGCGACAGCAUCGAGGAAGACUUGCAGAAACUUCGAGGCAAGUUUGAGGAAGAGAUCCGAGCGCGCGAGGAGGCAGAGCAGACGCUCAGAUCCUACAAGAAAGAUGUGGAUGAUGCCACCAUGGUCCGCGUGGACCUGGAGAGAAAGGUCGAAUCACUUUUAGAUGAGAUAAAUUUUCUGAGGAAGGUGCAUGACGAAGAGGUGACCGAGUUGACUAAUAUGAUCCAGGCGGCACAGAUAUCUGUGGAAGUGGAGUUGUCCAAGCCUGAUCUGACCUCGGCCCUCAAGGACAUUCGCGGCCAGUAUGAGACCCUCGCGUCUAAAAACCUGCAGUCUGCCGAGGAAUGGUACAAAUCAAAGUUUGCUAGUCUCAAUGAACAGGCCACCAGGACCAACGAGGCCAUGAGGGCCACUAGGGAGGAGGUCAACGACUACCGGCGACAGCUACAGUCCAAAACCAUCGAGAUUGAAACCCUGCGAGGCACAAACGAGUCACUUGAACGGCAGAUCCGCGAGAUGGAAGAAGCACACAAUGCAGAGGUCGCAGGUUAUCAGGAAACAAUUGGGCAGUUGGACCUUGAACUUCGAAAUACUAAGAGUGAAAUGGCCCGUCACCUCAGAGAAUAUCAAGAUCUCUUGAACGUCAAGAUGGCAUUAGACAUUGAAAUUGCAGCAUACAGGAAGCUACUGGAAGGUGAAGAAACCCAUUUUAGUUCUGGAGUGACUUUCUCCAGCACACCCAGCAUCACUUAUGGCUAUCAGAGCCGCUCUGCUUUCACCUCAACCCGCAAUCCUAAAAAAGAGAGAGAGGAAGAGGGACAUCCCAAAUCCAAGACAGCAGCCAAGCGGGAGGAAAACACAGAUGAGAACGUUGGGAUUAAGAAGACAGAAAAAAAUGAUGCUGUUGAUGUUAAUUCUAACUAAAACGUUAGGGUUUACAAAUCUAGCGAUUUUUCCCAGCAGUCUUUUGAGUGUUUGGCAGAGUAAUCACUGUUUGUAGCUGAAAACUGCCGUUUGAUGUUUAUGGUAAUGGGUAAAAUCAAACGUUUAAGAUAUUGUUAUGGUGAUAACAACUUAGACCUCAAAUAUUGCCUGUGUUUCUUAAAUGUAGUUUCAGAGAGUUUUUAGCCUCGUUGAUGAUGUUAGGAUUAUAAAUGUGAGCCUCAGUAUGGUGGAAUGAUUAAGAUAUAACCAGCAUUAAAUCUGAUUAUGGAUAAAUUCACAAUAUUAUUGAAUGUUUGUUGGUAAGCACCAUGGCAUAUUACAAAUAAGGGACCAAACCACUGAUUUAACUGUAACACAUAUAUGCCUUAAAUACAAUAAAGUCAGUCAUUAAAAU